UGUAGUCUCUCGAGUCUCUGGCGCGGUCUCCUGGGGCAACCUCACACUGGGGCCUAUACUUUGAGGCCGAAGCCUGGCGGGAAGAAACCAACGCGGCUACUCAGAAUGGCUUCCACAAGAAGGCCCUUUGGCCCUCGACAUGGUGUUUUUGACUUCAGGGAUAUGUUCUUAGAUAGCUCGAGGAUGGAAGAGAUCAGAAACUUACAAGCCCGAAGUCUUGGCCAAGUGGCACCUGGGCAGAGCAGAAUCCUAAAGAAAAACCAAAUGAUGGACGAGAACUAUUUGAUGCCCAAAGAGGAGGCCAUGGCGAGGAGAGGGGCGAGGCUGGGCUCGAGGGCUCCCACCAUCUCCUCCAAGACCAGAGCCAGUGAGGCCCUUAGGAAACUGGCCCAGAUUGAAACCAAGAUCCUGAAUCGGAAGCACGUCCCCACAGCUUGGUCUGACAGGGAGUCUGACUCCACAGCCAGCGAGCACAGUCUUCCUAAGAGGACAGAUGCAACUUCUGUUUCUGCCCAGUAUCCACACAGAACUUUUCAGAAACAAGUGUGCAAAACAUCUGUGACAAAGAGCGAUGGACAGAGUGGAAAUGGUAGCAGGUUUCUGAAGAAGAAGGAGCUGCCCCCUGAAGCUAGGUCCCCAGGGCCGGCAGUGGGCACAGGGAAGCAGGGUCCACUGCCCACACAGAAAGAGCCCCCCAGAAAGUGUGACGCUCCUGACAGUGACGAGGAGGAGAUGAAAGUGUUGCUUGGAAGCUUGAUGGAAUCUUCUAGAGAAAAAGAAACAAAGAGAAACCGGGAGCUCCUUGGCACCAGAGUCAGCAGGAGCAACCUUGGAAAGGAGUUCUUGGGUCUGACUCCAGAUCAGCCAGCAGUCCUGUCUCUGCUCAGUGCGGACCAGUCCAGCUUAAAGUCUUCUCGGCCCGUACGGUCGACUAGCAUUGGUUUGAGAACUCACUCCCUACAGACUCGCAGUGCUGGGGACACAGUCUCUGUCACGGCCUCACCUUCCAUCCUCGAUGACAUCUCCAAAUCAUCCUCUUCAAAGAUGGGGUGUAUCAAGCUGGCUUCCUCUCCCAGCAGGAUGGAGGCGGAGUCUUCUGAGGAGCCAGUUUCAGAAGCUGCUGCUGACAGCCUCCAUGAUUUUAGAAUUAAUAUUUUGUCCAUUGAUGAUCUGGUUCUGGCUGAUGGAGACAAAUCAGAUGGGGAACAGAAAGAGGAAGAUUCUGUAAGGGAAGGGAUUUCAGGCAGAAGCCCCUCACCCACAUCACCUACUCGACUGGAAGCGCAGAGGGCUUCACGGCCCAAGAGUUCUGUGUUUCAGGGUGUGACCACCGUGGUUGAGGAUGAAGAGGAUCUUACCACUGAGAGUGAGGUCUCAGAGCACCCAAGUGCCAGCUUGUCAGCAUCUGUCCGGUCUCACAGUAUGUCCAGGGCAUGCUCCAUGGAGACACCCACUGCACUCACGGCAAGCCCAGCUUACUCAGAGGAUUUUGAGCAGUUGUCUGGUCCCUUGGCCUUGGAGGAGUCACUUGACAGGACGCUGGAUACUUUGUCAAAGUUUUCUUCCAGUGGACAGACAGAUAUUGUUGUCAGACAACCUCUAUCAAGGACAGAAUGGGGCAGAGGUGUGACCAGAGUGGUGAAGGAGACAGCUGUGCAGACUCUUGACCCUGCCUUCGCCUACCAGUGGAGCAAGGCUGGUGGCAUGGCAGCCAUUGGACCUGCCCUUGGAGGUGCUUAUGUGGACCCAGCACCCAUCGCCAGUCACAUUGUCAGCGCAGACGCCAUAGAAGCCCUGACAGCCUACAGUCCUGCAGUGCUGGCGUUGAAUGACAUGCUGAAGCAGCAGUUGAGCCUGACGCAGCAGUUCAUCGAGGCCAGCCACCAACUGCAUGGUUCCCUCCUGCAGUCCCUGGAUGGGGACUCAUUUCACUACCACACCUUGGAGGAAGCGAAAGAGUACAUUAGGUGCCACAGGCCUGCACCGCUGACCAUGGAGGCUGCCCUGCAGGAAGUGAGGGAGGAGCUCCAAGACCCAGGAAGUGAGGCAUGCCUGGGUACCUGUCCACCUUGGAAUCAAUGAUACCCAUUAUGGAAGCAGGCAAGACUGGGGCUCUCCCUGCUGAUCCCUGCUCAGUAACAACCAUAUAGAGACUCUAAGCUCCCAUCUGCCCAGCUGGCUGCUCUGAGGACUCAGCCCAAGAACAGGUGAAAACCCACCACAGGACAGUGGUGUGGGAUGGAGCCAUGAGCCAAUGCGACAGACAGCAUGUUCCAGGCGUCCCAAUCAUCCAAGAUGAGACCAGUUGCCCCAUGGGAACACUCCAUGCCAGGUGCUGAGACAGAGCUUCUGAGCCUAGUGUCUGGCACAGCCUCCAUCUACCCAGAGCAGCCUGCACAGUGCUCGUGUAUACCUCUCAUCCACAGCUGGAAUAAAUCUUAUACAAAAGGCUUUAUUGGAAGGCAAAACAGUAAAAUCCACAAUCGUUAAGAGCA